ACAACACACUAUACUGUGCAAUUAGAGUAAAUUAGCAGCUGUCAUAUCGCCACUUAUCAUUUUUCUAUCUUCAAUAUAUAUAUAUAUAUAUAUAUAUAUAUAUGUUUUUAUGUGUGAUUGUUUAUCUUUCAUCUAAACAAAAAUUUCAAAUUGUAGAAGGUUUUCAAUCAACCUCUUGGCAAGAUGUCUCAUGAAUUCUUAUAUCAAGAAAUUUAUGGCGAUGAUGAAAAAACCAAACGUUUUAUCAAAUUAGAUCAUCACCAAGUACCAAAACGAAGUAAUUCGAUUAUGAAAUAUGGGACCAAUCUGUUCGAUUUCAAGUCAUUUUUAAAAGAAAUUUUUUUACCGCAAGGAUUUCCUCACAGUGUACAUCCUGAUUACAUACCUUAUCAAAUAUCAGAUACCAUACAGGCAUUCGCGAGUACUAUUCUGGGUACUUUAACUACUCAUUCGAUUCUUCAAAGCGUAGGAGUGGGAGAAUCAACAGCUACUGCUUCUGCCGCUGCGAUUUCUUGGAUUCUAAAAGAUGGAACCGGGAUGAUUGGUCGAAUUUUAUUUACUUGGUGGAAAAGUACAGAAUUGGACGCUCAAUGUAAAAAAUGGAGACUUACAGCAGAUAUAUUGAAUGAUUUAGCGAUGGGAAUUGAACUUAUUUUGCCUUACACGCCUUCAUCUGUAGUGACGAUAUUACUUUGUCUCUCUACUGCAAUGAAGUCAAUCGUUGGAGUUGCUGGUGGAGCAACAAGAGCUGCUUUAACGCAACAUCAAGCAUUAGUGGGUAAUUUAGCUGAUGUAUCAGCCAAAGAUGGUAGUCAAGAAACUUUCAUUAAUCUUAUUGGAUCUUUUGUUGGUAUUUUUAUUCUUACAUAUAUUCCAAACGCAUAUUUAAUUGAAAUGUAUAUAUUGCUGGUAACUAUUCAUAUUUAUGCCAAUUAUUCUGCUGUUAAAGCAUUGACGCUUGAUUCGUUAAAUGAAAACAGAUUGAUUUUGCUGCUUGAUAAUUACAUUGUUGACGGUACUAUUCAUAAUACAAAAACAAUCAAUCAUCAAGAACCGAUAUUAUUCUUCAACAACAUAAAUAAAAAAUAUUGUGGUUUCGAUAUUAAGUUAGGAGUUUCACUUUCUACUAUUUUACAAAGUAAUUCGAUGAAUUUUGUUGAAUAUGUGACACAACUAUUGAAUCACUUUUGCAAAAAGACAUUUUUAAUUAUACCGGACGCAAAAAAAAAAGUUAUUUAUGUUAUUUUAAAGAAAAAUGUUCAGUCAGUUGAUAUUUUUCAAGCGUACUUUAAUGCGUAUAUUUAUGGGAAAUUUAUGAGUUUGAAGUUAGAGAGACAGACACGUAAAAUUGAUAUGAUGAAAUCGCCCAACACGGGUUUUUUGAAUAAACUAUAUACUCUUUCCAAAAGCGAUGUAUUUAAUGAUGACAAAAGUCAAUUAGCUUGGAAAACAAUACUUUCAAUAGAUACUUUAAUCAAUGAGGAAUUUGAACACUGGUAUGGAUCACUCAAAAAAAGUGAAUGGAAAAAUGAUACAAAUCUUUUGCCCAUAAACAAUUGGCGAGGAAAAUGGGAUAUUUAAGCAAUUACAUGAAUAGUUUUUGAUAAAGCUGAAAUGAAAAUACAAUAAAAAAAUUUCUAUAAGGUAAGGGGCCCAGUUUCUGAUCUUUUUAGAGUGCCGGUUGGAGUUAUACUAUAACAAUUAAUGUAAGAUUUAAUUUACUGAGAAAAAUAAUAAUUCUAUCGACUAGUUUAUGAUUCGUCAAAUAAAUUCAUGCGCGUAAAAUAAUUAUUUGAAUUUAAUUAAUAAUUUAAAUUGACGUUUUAAAAUUGACAUUCAGAGACUUAGUUUCUGACCCUCUGAAUUUUUCAGGUCACAGUUUCUGACCCUCACAGUGGCCUAGUUUCUGACCUUCAAAUUACACAAACCAUGAUUGGGUUAUGAAGAACUUAUCAAGUUUCAAUAAACUAAAACUAUUAUUUAGAUAAAUUAUUUAAAUAUUUUUUUUAACAAAAACAUAAUUUUUCAAUAUUUAAAAUGUAAAUAAUUAAAGUCACUUUGGCUAGCGCCUGUUCUCAUUAUUUUUCAUCGUAGCUCGUUGUCUUUUUUUUUUUAACUCUUGAAUAAAAAAACAAUAAAGAAAUUAAUUUUGUCAUAAUAAAAAUAUUAUUCAACUAAAAGAGUCAAAGCAAUUUAGAUACUAUCGAAGUUGACAUUAUUUUUACAAUAAUUUUAUCACUCCAAGAAUGUGUACUUUCAAAAUCUAAUUAUGACCUUUCGUUAUGAAUAACAGUAGAAAAUAAUUUAAGAAAAUUGUAAAUAUUGCUAUUUUUACAUUUUAUAGCCAUGUAAUUAAACAGAUAAUCUGGCUCGCAGUAAGUUAUAAUUUUAGGGCCAACAACUUUACCAUACCUUUAAAAUAGAGCCUAGUUAUUGACCCUUAAAUUUCAACAACAAAACUCAUUUUAAUAUGUUUUAUAAAUGUAUUAAAAUAAAUUUUAAUUAAAUAUUGAUCUAUCUAUCUAUUUUUAGUUAAAUUUUUUUACUUACAUGAUAAUUAAUGCACAGAUUCAAUCGUCGUACCUCCUAACGUAAACUGUUUAGACUUCACUUAAAAAAUGGCUUCCUCAGCCACUUAUGGCUAAAAUAUUUGUUUUUAUUCAGUUAAGAUUUUCUAUGUUUUUUAAAUUGCCAUUAAUUAGGCUCAGAAUAAAUUACAAUAAAUUAAGAAAAAAGUUGAAAAGGUCAGAAACUGGGCCAGGGUCAAUAACUGGGUCUUUUACCUUAUAAGGUUGAAGUACUAUUUGUGGCCACUGCUCCAUUUUUGAACAUUUAAUAAUUCAUUGUAGUUAAUAAGAAAUGAAAAAAAAAUUUCCAUUCUAAUACAGUAAUUAAAAUAUCUUUGAACGAAUUAAAAAAAUUAAUUGUUAUUGCGUACAUUGAAAUUAUUUUACUAACCGUUAAAAUUUUUCAAGUGGCCAAAACUGGCCUUAAAGUGGCCAAAAACGGUACCUCUACCCUAUCCGAAUUUUUCAAGACGGUAAUAUUUAGUGACAAGUAUCUCUUUCGAUUCAAGUGUCUAUCUCUAUUAUUUCUAUACCAACAAUGAUUCGAUUUUUUAUUUUCUAAAUUUUAUAAAUAUAUUUCAAAAAUCUACAAUGAAAAAUCAUACAAUAAAUUAUUUAAUAAAUAUUUUAUUUUCGUAUCACGA